ACGCGAAAAUAAUUUGGCUUUUCGCGAUUCUAAGCUUGGCCAGUGCCAACUCAGAUUAUUAUACAAAGGUACGAAAUGGAAUGCGUGAUUUGUUUAAAACUGGAAAAACUAACAAGGCAUUGGAAGAGACCGUCGGGAAAAUGGGAUUGGAGCAUUUCAUGAGGUUCGACUACAAGGAUUAUUUCCCCGAGAGGAGUUUGAUCUGCGAAGGAUGUGAGGCUAUUUUGGAUGCUCUCAUCCAAGAGAGACGCAACGGCACGGAUCGGGAAACGUUCGUUGAAUAUUUAAAGGACGUCUGCGUUCAAUUGAAUAUCCAAGCAGAUUAUGUUUGCGAAGGGCUAUUGAACAGCAACGUCGAUAUCAUCAUGUACAUCAUCGAUAAUAAACCAGAUCUUGACGGUCAUUUGGCGUGUCCAAUGGUGCUUCAGAGUUUAGGAUGCAGGGAACACGAUCCGGUCGAGUGGAACAUCGAAAUACAAGGAAAAAACACAGUGGAGAAACAAAAAGGAAGCAACGAAGAAUUUAAGAUUCUCCAAAUUUCCGAUAUUCACUUCGAUCCAAACUAUCAGGAAGGAAGCUUGGCUAACUGCAAUCAACCAGUUUGCUGCGAAUUCGACAGCGGACUUGUAGAGAAACCUGAAGAUGCUGCAGGAAAAUGGUCUGAAUAUAACAGCUGCGAUACUCCACUAGAUUUGGUCCAUGCCACUUUCCGUCACAUCAAUAAACAACAUGACGAUUUCGACUAUGUUUAUUUUACCGGUGACAUAAUCAGUCACAGAGUUUGGGCUACGGACGUCUACAACAACACUAAAGACAUGAUCACCAUCCUGGAUGCCACUUACAAAGCUUUUGGCGACAUUCCAGUUUUCCCAAUUCUAGGCAAUCACGAACCGCAUCCAUUGAAUGUUUGGUCGUCGGAGGGUGUAACAACCGAGGCGAUCUCUACUCAAUGGGUUUACAAUUUAAUCGCGGAAGAAUGGGGAAAAUGGUUACCUGAGGAAACCAAAGAAACAAUUCUCAAAGGCGGUUACUACACUGUACUUGUGAAACCAGGUUUUAGGAUCAUCGCUAUCAACAGCAAUGUUUGCUAUACUUUCAACUGGUGGUUGUUGUUCGAUGAAGUUGAUCCAUUCGGUCAACUGCAAUGGAUGGAAGGUGUCUUGAACGAGGCCGAGAAAAGUGGAGAAUCCGUUCAUAUUCUAUCGCACGUUCCUUCUGGCGAUUCCACAUGUCACAUCCCGUGGGCAAGGGAAUUCAGGAAAAUCAUUCGCAGAUACUCGAACACUAUUUCUGCUAUAUUCAAUGGACACACUCACGAGGACGAGAUGAUCAUUUACUACGAUGAAGAGGAACCCACCAAAGCAAUCAACGUUGCCUUCAACGGCGCCAGUAUAACCAGUUAUGCGGACAGGAAUCCAAGCUACAAAGUGUAUUCCAUCGAUAAAUCAAAUUUCAACGUCCUCGAUUUCGAUGAAUGGAUAUUCAAUGUCACCGAGGCCAACUUGACUCCUCAUCAAGAUCCCGUAUGGUACAAAUUGUAUUCUUUCAAACAAGCUUACGGAGUCGACAAUAUGGAACCUCAAUCUCUUGCAGAUUUGACUGUAAGGAUGGCAAGUGACCAUAAUCUUUUGGACGAAUAUUUUAGAUUUAAUGUUCGAGAAGCAGAUACGGCCAUGGCCAAGGGAUGCGACGAUAACUGCAAAAAAUUCAACCUUUGCGAAAUGGUUACUGGUCUUUACGGCGACACCACGCAAUGCGAUGCUUUGAUGAGUCAAUGGAACUCAUUAAAAAUGUUAACAAAACUUUUUGUGUACACAUUAAUUAUUGGCUUUGUUGUAGCCGAAAAUGACUCUUCAGCAAAGUUACAAAGAGGUAUUAAAGAAUUGUUCGAAACUAAAAGGACCUCGCAGGAGUUGUCCGAGGUUGUAAACAGGAUGGGAUUGAAACAUUUCCUCAAAUUCGAUGCUAAUAAAUAUAUCGAGUCAAGUUUAUUAUGCGAAGCAUGUGAAGCUAUUUUGGACGCUUUAAUUGAUGAAAGACGAAACGGCGCUAGCAAAGAAGCCCUUGUCGGUAUAUUGUAUGAAUUCUGCAAAGACAAUAAAAUUCAAGCUGAUCAUAUUUGCGACAGUUUACUCAACAUGAAUGCUGAUAUUGUACUUUACAUCAUCGACAAUAAACCGGAUUUGAACGGAGCCUUUGCUUGUCCGACACUUCUGCAAAGUUACGGCUGUCGUGGAAGCGAUCCCGUCGAGUGGGACGUAGAAAUAAGCGAUGGAAAAACUGUUUCCAAAAUAGAAGGAAGCAACAAGUCCUUUAAAGUGCUCCAGUUUUCUGAUAUCCAUUACGACGCCAACUACCAAGUUGGCAGUUUGGCUAAUUGCCCGUAUCCAGUAUGUUGCGAGUUUGAUAGUGGAGAGCCUUUAAAGCCCGAAGACGUUGCCGCCGGAAAAUGGGGCGAAUACAGCUGUAACACACCUAUGGACACUUUGGAGGCCACCUUCAAGCAUAUUCUUAAACAACACGAGCAAAUUGAUUACAUUUAUUUCACGGGCGAUAUUAUUGGACAUAGAGUUUGGGGUACUGAUCCUUUCAACAACACGCAGGACAUGAUCAAAAUUUUGGAUACAAUUCAUAAACAUUUUGGUAAUAUCCCUGUAUUUCCCAUCUUAGGAAACCAUGAACCGCAUCCAGUCAAUGUAUGGUCCGCUGAUGAUGCUAUUCAAGAGGAAUUCUCAACGCAAUGGGUUUUCAAUGUAUCUGCUAAACAUUGGUCAAAGUGGUUACCAAAAGACACUCAAGAGACUAUAUUGAGAGGUGGUUAUUAUACUGUACUUGUGAAACCAGGCUUCAGGAUUAUUGCAAUUAAUAGCAACGUGUGCUACACAUUCAAUUGGUGGCUUUUAUUCGAUGAAGUUGACCCUUACGGUCAGCUCCAAUGGAUGGAAGGUGUAUUGAAUGAGGCUGAAAAGAAGGGCGAAGUAGUUCACGUUUUAUCGCACGUCCCGUCAGGUGAUCCCACGUGCCAUUUGCCCUGGGCAAGGGAAUUCAGAAGGAUCCUCCGCAGAUAUUCCAACACUGUUUCGGUUAUCUUCAAUGGACACACUCACGAGGAUGAAAUGGUAAUUUACUACGAUGAGAAAGAUUCCGCAAAACCAAUUAACGUUGCUUUCAAUGGUGCGAGUCUCACCACCUAUUGGAACCGUAAUCCCAGCUACAAAGUCUACACCAUCGACGAAAAGAGUUACGACGUCCUCGAUUACGAAGAGUGGGCUUGCAAUAUUACGGAAUCAAACUUAAAACCUGACGAAGAUCUGACUUACAACAAAUUGUACUCCUUCAAGGAUGCUUACGGUGUGAGCGACAUGAGUCUCCAAUCAUUGUCAGAUUUAACAGUCAGAAUGGCAAAGGAUCACUCGCUUUUAGAUGAGUAUUACAGAUUCAGCGUGAGGGAAGCCGGACCGGCGAUGGCCGACGGCUGCGAUGAUGAUUGCAGAAAAUUCAAUUUAUGUGAAAUGGUGACAAGCCUUUAUGGAGAUACCAAACAAUGCGAUACAUUAUUGGCUCAGUGGGAUUAGGUUUAAAUUUAUAAUUAUAUUUAUAUAAUUUCAAAUAAUUUCUUGUAAUAGAAAAUACUACAAAAAUAA